AUGAAGUUUCCUAGUAUUAAAACAAAUAAAUUUAAGGAAUUCGUCUCAAGUUCUGGUUGCUAUCUGAACCAUAAAAAGUUAAAUCUGGGAAAUGGAAGGAAAAAAUUGGAUGGAUUACAGACUAGCUCUGCUGAGCUUUAUGGAAAUCUGUCCCAUCUUAAGACGACAAUCGCAUCAUUUUAUGCGCAUUUAAAAGACAAGGACACAGCAGUGAUGACGCUGGCAACCCCGACAAGAAAACUUUGGUUCAAGUCCCAAGAACUUAUUUGCAUAAGACAUUCAACUGAUGCUUGA